UCAAGUCCGGCAGUUUGCACCUGCUGUCCGGCAGUUUCAGUUCCAAGUGGCACCUUUGAUGUUUUGCCAUGACGCCAGAAACUUCGAGCUCUCUCCCAGAUUUGCCUCCGCACUAGUGGAAGGUGGCACUGGGGUGGGUUUGUUGCAAAGGGCCCAGGAGGAGGUGACACGUCGCGCCCACCAGCUGUGGCUAGAAACCGGUCGUGCUGAUGACAAGGCGAACUGGGAGGAUGCUGAAAGAACGCUGGUUCACUGGCGCAGGUUGCACGAAGAUCUGCCAGUGCCGGAGGAGCCAGCCGACUCUUGGGAUACGACCUCACAGUCAAGCUUUUGCCUUGCCUACGAGAAGAUGGCCCUUGAGGACAUGGAAGUGGACUAUGUCAAUGUGAGCCGCGAGGAGCUCAUGGACCUUUGCGUGGCUCUGCAGGUGAAUCUCCGCCAGGCCAAGACUGCGCUUGGCGAAGAGCGGAGCGCCGUGAAGGCUCUGCGGACGGAGUUGCGAGGGGAACGCUCUCGCAGCCAACACCUUUCUGCCAAGCUGAUUGCAGCCGAACGCCGGUGCAUGGAGAAGUCUCCAUGCGGACGAGCAGGGAGAAUAGACAUCCCUGCUUUGCCUCUCAGUUUGGACAAGGUCCGCCAGGUGGAGCAUUUCGAUUUGACACCAAGGGCUCGGACAAGGAAACGAGCCUUGCGAUGCGCAAGCAGCACAUCUGGUAGUGACUGCGAGGCUUGCGAGAUUCAGAGCGCUGCAGAAAAGGACGGCUCUCCCAGAGAGCUAUGGUGGUACUCAACAGACUUUGAGCAGGACACAGACCUCUGCAUGCUCCAUCAUGAAUCUAGCACGAUGGAACCGGAAAGCUCGGAUUGCGUUUGCUACGCGACAAGCAUGCGGUGCACCAUCAAUCAAGAAGGUGGCAUGGUUUACUUCCAGGACUCCGAAAGUGAGGAUGACUAUGUUUGGCAUCCGGGCCACGGUGGAGGCACUCCUCCGCAUCGAGGCCAGCUGCUCAGUUGGGGUUGCUAGAGUUGAACCUGAAGCAAAGCACCAACAGGCACGUCACUGGGAGUUGAGCAUUGGAUCUACGGCGAGGGCUUUUUCAAGGCUCAUUCUCAAUCGCCUAGCAAACGCGAUUCAUUGUUUCAAGGGCAGGUUAGCUAGUUUGAUGGCCCAGGCAGCAAAGAUGAUAUGGAGUUCUUUUUCCCCUCCGCCGAGUGACCUGGCGGAUGGUGGAAUCGCCAUUCCUCCAUUGAGAUCCGCACAGACAAGGCGUGCAGCCUUGGUCAAGCCAACAGAUUGUACGUCUAUUCCUUGGUGUCCAUGAAGGAUGAUAAAUCACCAGUCAUCCAUGAUCUGAAUGAAUGCUUGAUGUCAUUCCUGGCGAUUGCCAGUUUUUCCAUGGAUAGUGUUUUCAAGCUGCUUGAGACACUUUUGGCAGUUGAAAAUGCUGUGGGCUUUUACCAGCUGGACAAAUCAAUGGUUUCCUGCUCUCACUUGUGUGAGGCGGAAAGUUCGUGGCGCGGGCUCUCCGCAUUUCCAGUGUUUUAGGCCUUGGGCAAUGGAAUGACUAGAAGAGCCUCCUACGGGAUCGAACUCUGGACGUAAGGCCGUUCUGAGCAUG